UCCUUGCUUCUUCCAGUGAUGACUUGCAGAGUCCUUCUAUUAACAGCCUUGGCCUUAUGUCAUGGGUUCAACCUGGACACUGAAAAUGCAGUGAUCUUCCAAGUGAAUGCCAGGGGCUUUGGACAGAACUUGGUCCAGUUUCAGGAAUCCUGGGUGGUGGUGGGAGCCCCCCAAGAGAUAACUGCUGUCAACGAAACAGGUCUCCUCUACAAGUGUGACUACAGCACAAGCAGCUGUGAUCCUAUUAGCCUGCAGGUUCCCCAAGAGGCUGUGAACAUGUCCUUGGGCCUGUCCAUGACAGCGUCCAGCAAACCCAAUCAGCUGCUGGCCUGUGGUCCCACCGUGCACCAAAUGUGUAAGGAGAACACAUAUAUAAAUGGUUUCUGCUUUCUCUUUGGACCCUCUUUGAGGAACAUUGAGAGGUUCCCACAGGUUCUAAGAGAAUGCCCUCAGCAAGAGAGUGACAUCGCCUUCUUGAUUGAUGGCUCUGGAAGUAUCAACCCAAGCGACUUUCAGCGAAUGAAGGAGUUUGUCUCAACUGUAAUGGGUCAACUGAAGAAGUCCAAUACCUUGUUCUCUUUAAUGCAGUAUUCUGAGAGAUUUGAGACUCAUUUCAAAUUUAAAGAUUUUAAGAAAAAUCCUGAUCCCAGAGCACUGGUGAGGCCAAUAAGACAACUGAAUGGAAGGACACACACAGCCACAGCAAUCCGAAAAGUGGUAAGAGAACUAUUUCAAAGCAGCAGUGGAGCCCGGGAGAAUGCCAUUAAGAUCUUAGUUGUCGUCACAGAUGGAGAAAAGUUUGGUGAUUCCUUGGACUAUAAGGAUGUUAUUCCUGAGGCAGAGAGUCAGAAGAUCAUACGCUAUGUCAUUGGGGUCGGAGAUGCCUUCAACAAUGAAAGAUCCCGCCAAGAGCUUAAUACCAUUGCCUCCAAGCCAGCUCGUGAUCAUGUGUUUCGGGUGACUAACUUUGAAGCUCUGAAUACUAUUCAGAACCAGCUUCAGGAAAAAAUCUUUGCAAUCGAGGGUACUCAGACAGGAAGUACCAGCUCUUUUGAGUAUGAGAUGUCUCAGGAAGGCUUCAGUGGUGCCAUCACUUCUACUGGUCCCUUGCUGGGUGCUGUGGGGAGCUUUGACUGGGCUGGUGGAGCCUUUUUGUACAAUUCAAAAGAUACAGCCACCUUUAUUAACACUACCAGGAUAGAUUCAGAUAUGAAUGAUGCUUACUUGGGUUAUGCUGCUGAAGUCAUUGUGCGAAACCGGGUACAAAGCCUGGUUCUGGGGGCACCCAGAUAUCAGCACACUGGGCUGGUAGUGAUGUUCAAACAGAAUUCUGGUGUCUGGGAGAACAAUUCUUUAAUUAAGGGCAAACAGAUUGGCUCCUACUUUGGGGCCUCCCUCUGCUCUGUGGAUGUGAACAGAGAUGACAGCACUGACCUGGUUCUCAUUGGGGCCCCCCAUUACUAUGAGCAGACCCGGGGAGGACAGGUGUCUGUGUGCCCCUUGCCACGAGGGAGGGCAAGGUGGCAAUGUGAAGAAAUUCUCCAAGGGGAGCAAGGCCACCCCUGGGGCCGUUUUGGGGCAGCCUUGACAGUGCUGGGCGAUGUAAAUGGAGACAAACUGAUGGAUGUGGCUAUUGGGGCCCCAGGAGAGCAGGAGAACCAGGGUGCUGUCUACAUAUUUCAUGGAACCUCAGGCCUGGGCAUCAGCCCUUCCCACAGCCAGCGAAUCACAGGGUCCCAGUUCAAUCCAAGACUCCAGUAUUUUGGGCAAUCAUUGAGUGGGGGCCAGGACCUCACCAUGGAUGGAUUGAUGGAUUUGGCUGUUGGGGCUCAGGGAAAUGCACUACUACUCAGGUCACAGCCAGUGGUAAUAGUCAAAGUAACCAUGGAGUUCACACCCAAGGAAAUUGUAAGGAAAGUGUUUGAGUGUCAAGAACAGGAAGUGAGAGACCAGCUUGCUGGGGAGGCCAAAGUCUGCCUCCAAAUCCACAAGAAAACACAGGACCGACUGAGAGGAGAGAUUCAAAGCAUUCUCAUGUAUGACUUGGCUCUGGACCCAAAUCGCCCAUAUCCUAGGGCUGUCUUUGAGAAGACAAAAAACAACACUUUCAGACAAACACAGACCUUGGGGCUGAAUCGCAAAUGUGAAAUGCUGAAGCUACAGUUACCGGUUUGUGUAGAAGAUUCAGUGACCCCCAUUGUCUUGCGCCUCAACUUGACUCUGAUGGGGAAACCCUUGUCCUCCUUUGGGAAUGUCCGUCCAGUGCUAUCUAUGGAUGCUCAAAGAUCCUUCACGGAGUUGCUUCCCUUUGAGAAGAAUUGUGGCAAUGACAGUGUCUGCCAGGAUGAUCUCAGCAUCACCUUCAGUUUUGGGAACCAGAAAACUCUGGUGGUGGGUGGUACCCGGGACAUAAAUGUGCUGCUUACUGUGAAAAACGAGGGCGAGGACUCCUACAGGACUCAGGUCACCUUCUUCUACCCACCUGGAUUGUCCUAUCGGAUGGUGUCAAGAGGCCAGAACCCCUACUCAAAGCGAUCCUGGCGCCUGGUCUGUGAGUCUGGUGUCUCCACUGGAGAAUCCAAUGCCUUGAAGAACAGUAGCUGCAGCAUAAACCAUCCCAUUUUCCCAGAAAACUCAGAGGUCACCUUUAAUGUUACAUUUGAUGUGGACUCUGAUGCUUACCUUGGAAAAAUAUUUUCCCUCAAGGCCAAUGUGACCAGUGAAAACAACAUGUCCAGGACCAACAAAACUGAGUUCCAGCUGGCACUGCCUGUAAAAUAUGCAGUUCACAUGGUGGUUACCAGCCAUGAAACUUCUACUAAAUAUCUCAACUUCACAGCUUCAGAGACAAGCAAGACCAUAAAACAUCAAUACCAGUUCAAAAACUUGGGCCAGAGGCACCUCCCCAUCAGUGUUAUCUUUUGGAUCCCCAUCCUGCUGAAAGAGAAAACUGUGUGGAAAGAUCCUCAGGUCAUCUUUUCCCCGAACAUUACCAGGAACUGCACUACUGAGGAGAGGAACCCCCCUCACUUGGACGUUUUGGCAGAGCUUAAACAGACUGCACUGUUGAACUGUUCCACUGCUGUCUGCCAAAGAAUACAAUGUGAUAUUCAGUCCUUCAAGGUUCAGGAAGAAUUUACAGUCAUCCUCAAUGGCACCCUCUUGUUUGAUUGGUAUAUCAAGACCUCGUUAAACUAUAUCCAGCUAGCAAGCAUGGCAGAGAUCUCCUUUGAUGAUUCUUCUUUUGCCUUGCUUCCAGGGCAGGAGAAGUUUGUGAAGGCUCAGACACAGACCAAAGUGGAGCCAUAUGAAGUGCAUGACCCUGUGCCACUUAUUGUGGGCAGCUCAGUGGGGGGACUGGUGCUCUUGGCCCUCAUCACUGCUGGGCUGUACAAGCUUGGUUUCUUCAAGAGACAGUACAAGGACAUGAUGAAUGAAGCUACCCCACCUCAAGCUACCCCACCCGAAGCUACCCCACCCCAGUAAGGGCAGAAAACUGGAGUUUGGUUCAAAACAUGCAGGUUCUUAGACUAUUGGAUGGACAUGUGAGUUACAAGACUAAGGAGAUGGCAUCUCAUUCAGAGAAGACCUGAAAGACCUGCUUUUGUGUAUAUGUAUUCUUGUGUGUAUAUGUUUGCAUCAGUGUGCAUGUUGUAUGUAUAAAUCAGCUAUCUCUGACAUGGCCACAACUGCUUUCAGUAAAACCUCUCAGGCAGAGGGGAAUUGCUGGGGCUUCCUUGAGUUUGGGUAUAGGUGCCUUUAGACAUUUUUCCACAUCAGAAGUGGAAAUAGCUCUUGUCAGAGGUUAUAGAAAUGGAAA